UUGAUAAUCACAAUUAAAAAUUAAAGCAAAAGCAAAAAAAGUAUUUAUUAGAUACUAAAUUUCUGAUAGAAUUAAACUAGUUAUUUACAAAUAAAAACUUUUUAGUUAGAUAUCAAACAAAAAAUCAAAAUAAUAUAUAUAAAAUGGGGCAUUAGUGGCAUAUGGUAUAAAGGAUGUCUUAAUUUCUAACUACUACUUAAGGAAGAGAUAAAAGCUGUAGAUUAAUUUAAUAUAUUGCAAUGCUUGUCUCAUCAGUUAUGAAGCAAAGACUAAAAUAUAAAAAAGAUGGUAGUAAACAAUAUGAAAAAGUUCUUAAAAUGGAAAAGCUUGGUAGUACUAUGUAAAUGACAAGAAAGGUUUUAAGAUUAGGAAAGCCUGCAACCAAUUUAAUGCAAAUGAUUAUCUCAAUAAAAAAGCUAAUUAAUUCUUAGCAUAAUAAACCUUAAGAAACAAAAUUAUUGUUGAUUACUAAGGCACUUAAAGACUUUUUCUUAAUGUCAUAUUAUUUAUGUGACCACUUUGUCUGGCUUUCAAAAAUUAAUAUUAUAACUAAAGAAGCUAUAGCGAAAAAAGUUGAAAUCUUAGGAUACUGUUUUUGGUUGGCAGCCCUAAUAGUUAUUAUUGGAUAUGAAGUGGAGUAUUUAAAAAAUACAGCAAAACUCACAUAAGGAAUGGAGUGGACAGGUGAUGAAGCAUAAAGAAAAAAAAUGUAACAAUACUAUUUAGAAAUCUAAAAAUGUAUAAUUGAAAUAAUCAGAGCUGUAUUUGAUAUACCAGUUUCAUUAUGGCACAUUAAUAAUGAAUGGUUUAACACUACUUUUGUUAGUAUUUUAGGUGUUAUAACAUCUUAUAUAGGUUGCAUGUAGUGCUGGUAAAAGUGAGAUAGAUUUUCCCUAUAAAAAUAACUAAUUUAAGGAAAUGGUUUUACAAAAUAAGUUAGAUUUUGUUUAAGAAUAAUUUAAAAUUUGUAAGAAAUAAUCUUAAAAAGCUUACUUUAUACACUCAAAAGAGGAAUAUAAAGUAAAAGAAAAAAUAAGUUAAAGCUAUUUAUAUUUGUAAAUUCAUAUAUUUAUGAGUUAAUUAUAAUACUCUAUAAAUUAUUUGAAUAUUCUAUUCACUAUAA